AGAGAGAGAGAGAGAGCCACAUCAUCUGACACUGGGUGCCGACGCCAAAGAGUGAGGCUGUCCGGCAGAGAGAGGGAAACAGGGACUAAGAUCUCAAGAACGGCCGCAAGAAAGAGCCCCCAACCCUUAAGAAGUGAAAAGAGAGUAGUAAAGAAGCCAACUUUGAAACUUUGAAACUCCGAAACAUUCUCCAGCAUGUCGACCCUCCCGAAUGAAAACCCUUCUGAGGAUGCCAGCAACCAAAGCUUCUGGAUGCCAGGGAACUACCAGCGUUCAGUGCGGCGCACAGAGGACUCCUUCCAGGCGUGCGGCGAGAUUGUGGCGUGCUUCCAGGAGAGGGCGCGGGUGGAGAGGCAGUACGCACAGCAGCUGAGCGAGUGGAGCACCAAGUGGAAGCCGCUGGUGGAUGCAAGUCCCCUCUAUGGCUCUCUCCUGCGGGCGUGGCAGUGCUUCCUCACCUCUGCCGAUCGCCUGUCCAUCCUGCACACCUCCAUCUGCCGAUCCCUUGUGUCUGAGGAUGGGGACCGAAUGCGGACCUGGCAGAAGGAGACCUUCCACAAGAAAAUGUUUGGGGGCUUUCGGGAAUCACAAGACUUUGAGACAGGCUUUUCGCGUGCCCAGAAACCAUGGGCAAAGAGGCUGAAGAAGCUUGACAAGGCGCGCAAUGCCUAUCACAAGGCGUGCCGCAAGGAGCACGUCGCCCAAGACCGGGAAACCCAUGCCAGGGGCAACCCUGACAUCGCCAUCGAGAAGCAGAGGAAGAUCCAAGAGGAGAGGGAGCAGGCCAGGCUGGAAAAGGAGAAAGUGCGCAGCCGCUAUGAGAAGGUGCUAGAGGAAGUCACACGCUACGCCCCCCGUUACAUGGAGGAGAUGGAGUCCAUUUUUGACCAGUCCCAGGAAGAAGAGAGGAAGAGGAUAAGCUUUCUGAAGCAGGCUUUCCUUUCUAUACACAGGCACCUGGAUGUCACUAAUGAUGAGAAUGUGAAGGCGGUGUACAGUGAGCUCCACCACACGCUGAUGUCCAUCAACGAGCAGGAAGACCUGCGCUGGUGGAAGAAUAGCCAUGGCCCAGGGAUGCCCACCGACUGGCCGCACUUCCAGGAGUGGACUGCACCUCAAAAAAAGCAGAAGAAAGGAAAGAAGGAAGAACAGAAGAACCCGCCAGAAAGAACUGUGAUGAUUGGAGGGGUGCAUGUCAAGGCACUCUAUGACUACGUGGGACAGGAGCCAGAUGAACUCUCCUUUAAAGCAGGGGAUGAGUUCAUCAAGACAGAGGAAGAGGACGACCAGGGCUGGUGCAGAGGAAUGAAAGAUGGAGGCAGAGAAGGACUGUACCCAGCGAAUUAUGUUGAAGUUAUACAGUAACCUAGCUCUCAGUUCUUUG